AAAAAACAGGUACCAAAAUUAUCGAUGCCUAAGGCAACUAAUACAAAAUUCAAUGUAAUAAAUACACAAGCUACUCGAAGGACAAAAAAGGCUGAAAUUUCUGGGGAUGAUUUAGAACAUGCUCUUGAAUCACUGCUUUUAAAAGAAAAAGCUAAAAAGGAUCAUGAUCAAAAUGGAAAUGAUCUUAAUUUAACUGAUCGAUUAUUAUUAAAUAAGAAGGAUCAUUAA